AUGUAUACAUUACUAAGUGGACUUUACAAUUACGUCACAAGCAAAGAAGAGUAUUAUGUUCUCAUCAUUGGUCUUGACAAUGCAGGAAAGACGACCUUGUUAGAACGCAUAAAAUCUGUCUUUAUGGGUGUACCCGGACUAGCACCUGAGAAGAUUGCACCCACAGUGGGACUCAACAUUGGUAGAGUCGACAUCAAGUCAGCCAGGAUUAACUUUUGGGAUCUGGGUGGUCAACGUGAUCUGCACUCAAUUUGGGAAAGAUAUUACACUGAGUGUCAUGCUAUUGUUUUUGUGGUUGAUUCUACUGACAAGAAAAGGCUAGAAGAGUGCAAGGACACCUUUGAGAAAAUGAUCACAAACGAUCGUGUGGAGGGUGUACCAAUUCUAAUGUUGGCCAAUAAGCAAGACCUGUCUGGUGCACUGCGAGUGGAAGAAAUCAAAGAAGUAUUCAACAAAAUUGCAGUUAAGCUUGGAGCCAGAGAUUCGAGAGUUUUGCCUAUUAGUGCAUUAGAAGGAAAUGGUGUCAAGGAUGCUAUUGACUGGCUUGUGGUUCGGUUGCAACGUAACAAACUUAGUAGACCUCCUGUUCACCGUUGA